AUGGCCGCGUCGCAGCCGGGAUCGAGGCGCAUCAGCGCGGUUAGCAACAGCAACACGGAACCGUUCCCCUCCAUGCCUGAGUCGCCCGCAGGUCCCAGCUCUAACAAUGACAACACGACGACGACGACAACGACCACCACGGUGCAUGGGCCAACAAUCACCACAACAAUCCACCGCGGCAGGCCCUACACUAUCACCUCCACCCAGCCCACGAACCAGACACCUGCGUCGAUUGUAUCUGCGCCUGAUAACUCCGUCACUACUACCUCGGCCGGCCCAGCCACGACGCGAACGACGCUGCUCACUCCCUCGCAAACAAACAGGACCAGGCCGAUUAGCAUCAGAAGGUUGCCAUCGACAAAUCUGCGCGCUGGUUAUGAAGAGAAUGGGUCAAGUCUACCACCGAGUCGGUCAGCUUCUGGUCGAGGACGCAGCACGUCUGCGCCUCAACCCCCACAUUUGACGGUUCCCGGGUCGAACAAUUUGACCAGGCAAAGCACCAGACAGUCCAUGUUGCCUACCGUGGCUGAAAAUCCCCAAGCGGCAGGUGACGCCAUUGUGGAUCGGGAGACAAUGAACGAGAACGUGAGAGGCGGUGUCAGCCGAAGGAGAAGUGUCAGUAACACUGCACGGUCUAUCAUGAGCAGGUUUAGCGACACCUCCAGAGAGCGGCAAGGACCCGAAUAUGAGUCGGAGGUCGUUGAUCUGCUGGAUGUGCUUGAUCCCGAGGUUUCGACAUUGACGACCUUGAACAACGUACAGAAUUCGUUGUUCGUGCCAGAUCUUGGUAGAUGGGUCAACAGGAGACCCACAUACAAUCUCAGUCGCCGGACGACCCAAACACGGCGGCCAGAGCCCGUUAAAGAGGAAACCGGCAUGGCUCCCAUCCAGAGACAGCCGACGGGCACAGAAGAGCCCGCGCCGGAGCCGUUGGAGGAGGAUCUGGCGCCCCCAGAGACCAUGCAAAGGACUUGGUCAUGGCAACGUAGACCCCAGAUCGAACGCUCCCACAGCAUUACUUCAGUUGUCACAGACUCACAUUAUGCUGUGCUCCCGCAUGGCGUGUCACUGGAUGGAUGGAGUGAAGAGGAUAAAGAGGCCCUCGAUGACCAUGUCCGACAUAUGCUGCACUCGAAACGGUCAAAAUUCAAGCAGCGAAUGAUAGCCUUUGGGAAGUACAUCCAAAAACCACUCGGAUUCUUUGUCUUUCUUUACGCAACUUUGAUCACACUCUUUGGUCUAGCUUGGGUCCUCUUCCUGAUCGGUUGGAUCUACGUUGGAGACCGGAAAGACUACAUCACGAACGUCAUUGACAACGUGCUGGUAGCCCUGUUUGCGAUCAUGGGUGAUGGUCUCGCGCCGUUCCGCAUGGUAGAUACCUACCACAUGAUUUUCAUUGCUCACUAUCACCACAAGAGCUGGAGACUACGGCGAGAAAGGGCGCUACCGAAGCUCCACGACCAUAAUGAUUUGCCUGCACAGCGGGAGAAGGAAGCCGACCCAGAAUCUGCAAAGCCGGAGGACUCUGAAUUUUCCGUCUUGAACCCCAAACAACAGCAAAAGCUCAUCCACCACCAGGCCAAGUUCUCGAAAUCGCACUCUUUCUACAAGCCACAUGAGACCGGAACCCACUACGCGUUUCCGCUCCAUCUGCUCGUGGCUAUUGUCGUACUACUGGAUUGUCAUUCGCUUUUCCAGAUUGCUCUUGGCACCUGUACCUGGGCUAUCGACUAUCGUACGCGCCCACAAGCGCUGACAGCCACCAUUCUGUCGUGCUCAAUCACCUGCAACAUCACCGCGGGUAUACUGAUUUCUGUCGGAGACCGGAAGACCAGAAAGAAGGAUGUUGCAUUGAGGAUGCAGAGACAGGCGUUGACCCAGACGGCCAUCGAAAAGGUGGAGAAGCACAAGAGGGAGCGUGAGCAACAAGCUGAAGAACAAGCACAUCUCACCGAUGCGCCCCGCAACUUCGAGGUUAUUGACGAGGAGACGACCACCGACUCGAAUUUCCCCAGUCAAGUAAACUCGAGGACUCAUUAG